CUCUUAAGCAUGAUCAUCUUACCAAACCUCAUUUAACCAUAGUAAAGUACUUGUGAGGGGUUGGGGGCUUGGGUUGAGACAUUUAACCCCUUAAUAGCCUCUGAUGGUUCUUCCGUCAGUGUAUCAGAGUGACAGACAUAGUGUGUGAAGCGAUGAUUGUGACUUGUACUGUAAAGCGCUUCGAUUGGUUGAUGAGACUAGAUAAGCGAAAUACAGUCAGCCUACAGCAUCAGCCCGUGCAGUCUCCUUAUCUGCGCUUCUGUCUGGGUGUUUUAACCCUGCGCACGCUCACCUUCACCGAACGCUUUGAAGAGCAGAAUCUGGAGGCUGAGACAGCAAAGCGGAACCAAGGAGCUGCUUCUUACCCCUCUUUAUACGAUUUCACAUAAUGCAACAAUAGCACCAUUUUGCGAGAUAUUGCAAAUGUCCUUGAUGAUGUUGAAUUGAAAUCGGCAGAAUUGUUGAUGGCAUAUUAAGAAGUUGAUCUCGAAAAAAAAAUCCUUUUUUGUUGAGACACCUUUAAGGAGAACCAUCAGAUAAGGGAGAUGUGUGUUCAAAUGUGGGUAGACGACAUGGAUGAGUCUGAGAUCAAAAGCAAGAAGCUCAGUGAUACAUUGUCCUCAAGCAGUGGCAGAACAACUUUGAGACUGGUGAAGUUCUGGCACCUCUGGUACUUUCUUUUCACCUGGCAACAUCAUAUCCAGAAAACACAGAAAUUAAUAGCAACACAAGCUACUUGUCAACCAUUGAGAGACAUUAGGGCGUCUGGCAGAAGGAAAUGUGGGGAAUGCUCUCAGUUUGCUCCAAGACUAUUAUAAACAUGGAAUUGACGACUUCAGACUAUGAAUUCAACACAACGGAAGACAUCUUCGAUGACGAGCUCUGCGACCUUGACCCUAGUCCCUCGGAGGUCAUCACCCAAACUUACGUCCACUCCAUCAUCUGUGCCCUCGGCCUGAUCGGCAACACUCUUGUCAUCAUCACCUACUUAUUCUACAAGAGGACUAAGACGAUGACGGAUGUCUAUCUGUACAACGUGGCUGUGGCUGACCUGAUCUUUGUGGUGGCCCUGCCAUUUAUCAUAUACAAUGAGCAGCACAACUGGUUAAUGGGUCCUGUGGCGUGCAAGAUGUUGAGUUCGGCCUACAGCAUCAACCUCUACAGUGGCAUGCUGCUGCUAGCGUGCAUUAGUGGUGAUCGGUACAUCGCUAUAGUUCAGGCUAGAAGAUCCUUUGGCACUCGCUCACACACCCUGAUCUACAGCCGCCUCAUCUGCGCUGCUGUGUGGGUGUUUGCAGUGGCUUUAACUCUGCCCACGCUCAUUCACACUGAGCGCUCUGAAGAGCAGAAUCUGGGGUCUGAGACCGCCACUGUGACGUGUCAGCUGUCUUUUAGCAAGAACGAGACAGCGAAGCUGAUGAAGGUACUGGUUCCCAGCCUGCAAAUGGCCAUUGGCUUCCUGCUGCCUCUGGUGGUGAUGGUGUUCUGCUACUCCAGCAUCAUGUGCACCUUGCUGAGAGCGCAGAGCAGCCAGAGGCACAAGGCUGUCCGUGUGGUCUUGGCAAUCGUUGUGGUUUUCAUUAUGUGCCACCUUCCCUACAACAUGACUCUGCUGAAACACACCGUGUCUCUUUUUAAGGAGCGGAGUUGUGAGUCAGAGAAGAUCAAGCUCCAAGUUCUGGCCAUUUCCAGAGGCGUAGCCUACCUCCACUGCUGUCUGAAUCCUAUUCUCUACGCCUUCAUCGGCGUGAAGUUCAGGGGCCACUUCCGGCAAAUAAUCGUGGAUCUUUGGUGCUUCAGCAAAAAGUACAUCUACUCUGCUCGUUCGUCACGUGGGACGUCUGAUAUUUGCAUUUCGGGCUUCAAAUCUGCAGAUGGCUCCAACAACAUGUCAUCCUUCAGUGCAUGAUGCUGCAGCAGGGAAAAAAUGCUAAUGCUCCUGGACUCUCUUAUUCUCCCAAGUGAGUAGGGUUAAACGUUGUUGGCUUAAAAAAAUACUGAAAUGGGUUCCUUUGGUGAAUAAUUAUUGUACUUCAGUAAAGAAGAUAAAGUGACCUCGAAAUAAGGUUAAAGAAAAGGUAGAAAUCGAAGAAAAAGAGACUGACUUUCAUACAAAAAAUGGGUCAAGCUGAGAAAAUGCUGGAUAUGCUAAUUUCAUAUAAUGCAACCAAUAGGACAUUUUUAUAAGACACACACUGUGAGGCAAACUCUAUAUGUUUUAAAUAUAUAUUUUUAUAUAUAAAUAUUUUAUAUUCUCAUGAUAAAGUGGCAUUUAUUUGCAUGUGUAAAAAACAACCAGAAAAAGAAAUGCAGAAUGUAUUGUAACUGAAAAAAUAUGGUGGAAUUUAAAAAGCAUUUUACAUAUGACGAUUAAGUAAUUGACCACAGAACGGAUGUCUGCUAAACCCUAGCGAUAAAAAACCUGGUACAACCUAUAAUGACACCCAUACAUUAAUAAGAACACAUGUCUUGGUUUGUGGAAUUACAAUUCUCUUCUUUGUUCCCAUUGUUGAAUUGGUUAUAGAUUUCAGCAUAUCCAAAUGUUGGAGUCAAUAUUUCUGCUGAUGACAUUAUUCUCUCUAGUUGAGGCUUAAAUAAUAAAAGUGGAGAGACUGCUGAUGACUGCAACACAUUUGGUUACUUUGAUGUUGUACUCAUGUUACCAUAGUGACAGCAUCUUCUUUUCUAGUAUUCCUAUUUAUAUGCUGUUGACUGAGUCUGCUACUUUUUUUUACAGAGAAGAAGCUUCCUCUUAUUUCUGAUCUUACAAUUCUGUCACUUUAAUUUCCUAGAACCAUAUAUCCUGUUGUAUUAAGCAUUUAUAACGUUUUGACAGUGUGUAUAAUGUAAAUCAGAUUUUAUUUGUCUGCCAUAUUGUCUUAAUAAACAGUCUGUCUGGAAAAUG